GAGUUGACUGGUUUAGAUGGUUGUGCACUACCAUUAUUUCACCAGUUUACUCGUGAGGACACUCAGCACCACCUGUCACAAGCCCUGAAAACGCAGCAGCAACACCACAAUCAAUUGGUCGAAGAUCUUUUCAACGCUGCAAACGUGGCUGAGCGCACGCUGUUUGACCAGACAAAAGUUGCUGGCUAUGUGCCAUCGGGGCCCCCCAUGGUGAGCCCGAGUCCCGCUGACAUCACUCCAACUUCUGCCGAGGAGAUGUCUGCCUCCGCACCACCUCAGCUGCCAACACCUGCCGUCAUGCCUGUAUCUCCAGCUGUUGCAGCUGCAGCUGCAACCGCGGCAGCCCUUGCGACCCCUCUAUACCAGUUCGCUUGUAUCCCAUGGAUUCAGCAGGAUCCCACGGUGACACACGGAAAUACCACUGCUGCUUACAUCCACCCUCAAAUUGCGGCCACGGCAGCUCCGAAAGCAGCAGUCCCAACAAAUCCACUAGAAUUAAAUUCCCUGGCUACAAUUUACCAAAUGGCAGGCUUGGGUGUCCUGAACUAUGGCACACCUGCACCUUCCCAACCCUUUGACAUGGUCCUCCCCCUUUUAAAUGGCCAGCUAAGUGGACAACCCGUUGACGCCGAUCAUGGUGAUUUACGCCCAGCAGCCAUGUCGAUCGUCCUUUCACAGCAUCCCCAUCAAUUCGGCACACACACCCGUGCACACAUCGCCUCAGUCACUCAUGCCACACAUCCUGCCAAUCAGGAACUCGCACAAGCGUCAGUUCAUCCGAAGUCAGCAUAG